AUGGAGCCGCGUCGCGCUUUCGUUCAUACCACCCAGCCUUGCGAAAGCAAUCGUCCAAACGAGGCAUGGGGCCAACGCAACGACUCAUCUAUAGGCGUCGAGGAUAACGGUUGGGAAUCGAGACCACCCUCAUGCAACGAUGAGUUCAUAUCAAACACCCACGCUCCAACCUUCUCGAAUGAGCAGCAGUCGUAUCACCGUCCAGGCGGCUACUUGUCGAACAUAGACCAAAUCCAAGAAAAUCGAGGAACCGUCCAGGGCAGUUUCCAUCUCGAACAGAGGAACUUUGGGAGCCGAUCCCAGCCGUUGUCACAUAGUCGUCAGCCUGAGCAAGUCUUGUCAACCGCUGGUCAGGAUCGGCAUUGCGCGUGGAACUCACGCUCCGAACCCACAUCACUCCAGACACCCUGGGCACCACCCAGUCAAUCACAAUACAUCGACACUCGACCUCACCCCCAGGUGAGCACCAACCACCAUGUUCGUGCUUUCGCACAUGGACCACACACCGAGACAGAGCCUCAACAGCUCUUUCCCUGUUCAGCAAACGAUGCUGCUAGGUACAACCCACUGCACGUCGCAGAUCACUUGAAGCAGUAUGAACAAGAUGUUUAUCCAUACCACAACCAACCUGUCAUGGCGCAAUCCAAUUUGUCCACGAAUCCAGAUCCGAAUACUCCCUUCACAAUCGGAAGAGAGCUCUCACUGGACAACGAUGAACCGCCCUGGUCGACCGUAUGUAAGAGACAAGACGGACUGCGAGGGAUGGGUGACCCAAUAGCUCGUAUGGUGGAACACGUAGGAUCAUCCAUCACUGGUCAUACCAGCAACACCGACGGGAUUGUCAUGUCGAACUCGGAUACCACCAACCCCUCAACGUUGGAUUCAUCAUUCGAUGACGACGUUGACGGUCUAAUGGUGAGCAGCCAGGCGACCAUCGGCCCUAGUCAACCCAUGCAGGUAGACCAGUCGUACGCUCCGGAUACAUCGCAGGGCGUAUCGAUAGAGAAUCGAGCGAUGCGAAAGCCACAUGAACCGCCGUUUCAGCUGGCUGUACGGCAAAGCACUCCAGUGCCGAGAACUCUAACUGCGUUCCAGCAGGGGUUCGGUCCGCCUUCAAUGUCUGACGGAAGCGAUCAUUGGCUUUCAGUCUCGCCAUCCCAGGCGACAAACUCUGAACCCCCUUCCCCUGCAAACUCAUCCACGCCCGCACACCUUCCUUGCGAGGUUUGUAAGACGGUGUUUACCGGCCAAUAUCGGAAGGGCAAUUUGAAUAGGCACAAAAGGCAUAAGCACAAAGAGGCAGAAGCGGAAUAUCCUUGUGAAGAUGAUAAUUGUGCCAAGACUUUCAAGAGAAUGGAUGCUCGGAUCAAACAUUAUCGGAGACAACAUAGACACCUUGCUGUGGGCCCAUGUAUACGUCGCACAGUUUCGUCGCCGCGUCGAUCUAUCGAUGUGACCGGUGGACGUAUCGAGGAUUCGUGGUUCGUCGACAGUCAAGCCUCGAGUCUUUUAGUAAAUCCAGCGGACGGAACCCAAAAUUAUUAUUCCGGCUACGCAUAUGCUGUUCAGCAAUUUGCUCAGCCAGACUUACGCGAACAUGAUCUGCAGAAGAUCGGAACUCAGCAUGAGUAA